ACCUGCAGCCUUUGAGAUCCAAAGCCAGCAGCUCUAAACCUCUAUGCUACGGGCUGCCAGUUUAAAUUUUGGAUAUAGGCUGAAUUAUAUUGUGCGUGGGGGUGAAAUUAAAAUUCAGCUCUCCCCUACCAGCCAUUGCACCCUUUUUCGAGAAGUUGCACCAUGCGGCCACAAGAGGUCGCCGCUACAUUGAGACAAUGCGGCUGCAGUACCGCGCUCGAUCACACGGGGCCGCCUGUUCGCUAUGCUGCUUCGCGCUGUUCGGCCGCCAUGUUGGCUUCAGUCAGCGAACCGAGGGCGUGCAGAGAAGCGAGCUGCGAGCACUCAGCGCCGACGUCCCCGACCAGCAUCACCAUGGAGGCCGUGAAAGCUUUCAAUGGCGAGUUAUACUCUUUGAAUGAGUACAAGCCCCCAAUAUCCAAAGCAAAGAUGACCCAGAUAACAAAGUCUGCAAUAAAAGCUAUAAAGUUCUACAAGCAUGUCGUGCAGAGUGUAGAGAAAUUCAUUCAAAAAUGCAAACCAGAGUAUAAGGUCCCAGGGCUAUAUGUCAUUGACUCCAUCGUACGGCAAUCACGGCACCAGUUUGGUCAGGAGAAGGACGUUUUUGCACCACGCUUCAGCAAGAACAUCAUCAGCACGUUCCAGAACCUCUACCGCUGCCCUCCAGAUGACAAGAGUAAGAUUGUAAGGGUGCUCAAUCUAUGGCAGAAAAACAACGUUUUCAAGAGUGACAUCAUCCAGCCCCUGCUGGACAUGGCAGUGGGGCUUCCUCCCCCAAGUGUUACACCAGUCACAGGAAGCAGCGCAGCACCCGUCAACAGUACUACUCCCGGCACCCCAGCCACACCUGCUACACCAGCCAACAUCGUACAGAACCUCCCUGACUGGGCUUCACAGAUCUCCAACACAGACACCGUGGCUGCAGUGGCUCAGAUACUGCAGUCCCCACAGGGCCAGCAGUUGCAACAGCUGGUGCAGAGCCUGCAAUUGCAGCAGCAGAAGCCACAACCCUCCCUACUGCAGGCUCUGGAUGCUGGCCUCGUGGUCCAGCUUCAGGCCCUCACCGCCCAGCUCACAGCUGCUGCUGCUGCCAACACCUUUAACCCACUGGAGCAGAGGGUGUCCUCUUUCAACAAGAAACUUCUGGGUCAGUUUGAUUUUGGGAAUGAUUCUGAACGCUCUGAGGAGUCCAAAAAGGAUACAUCAUCUCAGCUGCCCAUGGUCUCAGAGUCCAUCAACAGCUCCCUGUUUCAUCAGCUGGCUGAGCAGCUGCAGCAGCAGAACCUGGAGCAGUUCCAGAAACAGCUCCUUGAGCAACAGCAGCAGCAGCAGCAACAGCAGCAGCAGCAACAGCAAAAGGUUCCAGUUGCUACUCACACACAUCUGUCAAAAUCCAGUCCCCAGAAUGACCUGUGUUGUUUCCAAAGGGUUAAUUAUGAAUCAACAAUGUCCAUGGAAGGCCAGGAGACCUUGUUUGGCUCUGAAAAUUCAGCCACCCCAACGCAGUGCAGUAGUCAACAACAGCUGCAAGAGACUGAAGUGAAAAUGGAUGACUCUAUUGACAACCAGCAGCAGGAUAUGGACAUCGAUGAGGGCCAAGACACACUGGAUGGGGAGAUCUUUGAGUCUGAGGAGAAGGCAGUGAGCACACGGUCAAGGACACGGUCCAGAUCCCGAUCCAGGUCUCCCAGAAAGCGGAGGUCAAGGUCACGGUCAGGCUCUCGGAAGCGUAAGCACCGGAAGCGGUCGCGCUCACGCUCCAGGGAGCGCAAGAGGAAGUCGUCACGGUCAUACUCUAGUGAGAGGCGUGCCCGGGAACGUGAAAAGGAGCGUCAGAAAAAAGGGCUGCCACCUAUACGCUCCAAGACACUCAGUGUGUGCAGUACAACUUUGUGGGUGGGGCAGGUGGAUAAGAAGGCCACUCAGCAGGAUCUCACCAACUUGUUUGAGGAGUUUGGGCAGAUCGAAUCCAUCAACAUGAUCCCACCAAGAGGUUGUGCAUACAUUUGUAUGGUCCACAGACAGGAUGCCUUCCGUGCCCGUCAAAAGCUUAGCACUGGCUCCUACAAGAUUGGCUCCAAAGUGAUCAAGAUCGCCUGGGCUUUGAAUAAGGGAGUGAAACAGGAAUACAAACAGUUCUGGGAUGUAGACCUCGGAGUGACUUAUAUCCCCUGGGAGAAGGUUAAGCUAGAUGAUCUAGAACGUUUUGCGGAGGGGGGCAUGAUCGACCAGGAGACUGUCAACAGUGAGUGGGAGGCGUCAAGGAAUUCAGAGCCUGCCAAGGAGCCCCCGAGUCAACCUGCAGCCAGCUCAGAGCCCAGCACUUCCAGCAGCACCCCACAGACUGAGGCCUUCACUCAGCCUGUAACCAUGAUGCCUGUGCAGAUUCCCGUUGCACAGGGUGUGCCGGCUGUGAGUCUGGUACCUCCUUCAUUCCCUGUCACCAUGACAAUGCCCCCCCCAGGAUUUGGCCCCCCUCCUCCUUUCUUGAGAGCAGGCUUUAAUGCCUCCCAGCCUCCCCCAGGUUUUAUGCCACCACCUGUUGUUCCUCAGACAUCGGUGGGGCCUGGGAUUCCUUCAGUACCAACAUCUCUGGUCCAGCCCUCCAUAUCUGCAGCUCAGGAGAACUCUAAGGACUCCCCAUUUGGAGCCAUGGUCCCCCCAGUGAGCAACAUUCCUGGGACCUUCAUCCCUCCAGCUGUGCCUGGGACAGGGGUUUUCAGUCCGGUAACUGUGCCACCCCAGCCAGCACCUAGCGAGAAGGCCACACCCACACCAACGGCAGACAGCAUGGACACCAGUCCAGACAUAACCCUGCAAGGGAUGCAGAAUGCAGUCCGAAGCGGAAUGGGCCUACUUGGUAUGCACCCAUCUGCAUCCCUCAGCCAUCCCAUGCACCAGUCAGGCCUAACCAGCCAGAGGAUGCCCGGGCUUCUGCCUCUCGACCUCCGCCCAGGACUGCUCCAAGCAGCUGGGGCCAGAUUCUCCCUUCUCAUGCAACAUGGAGUAGUCCCCCAGGCCAGCAGUAUAGACCCCACUGCACAGACCCCAGCUCGUGCCCCCUUUGCCCAGGCUGACCCCUUCACUCGGGCCGAAGGGGCUUUUGGGAGACCCCCUGGCCAGCCUGGAGAUAUCCUAUCAAAGCCAGAGGAGCCCCCAGUUGGUGCAGAGCGUGCCCAACAAGAGGGGGACCAGGACUACCGCUUUCCUCCCCCAGAGAAACAGGCAGCAGCCCCACCUAGGGAGCCUAGGGAAAGUGCAGGCAGACCCCCACUGCUAGAAGCCCGGGAGGCGAUUCGACGCCCACAGGCAGAGGGCAGGAGGGAUCCCCUUAGUGGUUUCAGGCCUGAGAGUCGCUGGGGCCCCCCUAGGGGGGACUUCGAUGAGCGAGAUCUGCGGGGAGCUGCUGUAGGGGGCCCCAAAGGUUUUCAGGAUGAUCGGCCAGGCACUGGUGCAAACUUCCCAAACCGGUUUGAGAAUCGGGGAACUGGCUGGAGCCGUGGAGGACCCCCUUUCGAACCUGAUGCACAUCAGGACUUGGAUGACCGCCGACGGCCCUGGGAAAGACAACGGGACCGUGAUGACAGGGACUUUGACUUCCGCAGAGAUGUGAAUGGGAGCCGCCUCAGUCGUGAACGAGACAGGGAAAGGGAGCAUGACCGUGACCGCGACCGUGGCCGUGAGAGAACCCGAGAUCGCGAGCGGGACCGAGAUCGCGAGCGGGACAGGGAGAGGGACCGGGGCCGUGACGCCUGGGUGACCCCCGCAUCCCAGCCUCCGCCACCAGCCAACCCAGAAACCGGCAGCGGGCUGGACCAGGGCAAAGCUCAGUGGCUGAACGGUGGGAAGACUGACGCAGCAAUGCUGCCAAAAUACACCUCUGAACCCACAGCACCCCCUGUCCCGGAGACUGCCCAAAGCCAGCCGGACCCCACUGAACAACAGGCCCCCGCCAAGGAAGCAAACAGUGAGCUGGGAGAGCCGAAGGAUGAAGCUGAGAAACAGCCAGUGGUAGAGAAAACAGAGACUGAGGGGACAUAAUCAUCACUCAGUAGGUAAAGAACCAUUUUGUAAAGUUGUCAUCUCUGUACUGGUUUUAAAUGGCUGACUGGACCUGUUGAAUAUUCCACUCGCUGUCUGACACAGAUGCUUAAUGACUCUUAUUCGUCUCUCACUUAACGGUGUGCAACUUUUGACUUCUAUAUAGAUGGCUUACUAGAGGAUCCAGUGGUAGGUAAUUUUUAUUUUUCUUAUUUUUUUUUUUUUUUUUAGAUCUUAAUGAAAGUCACCCCCACCCUUGCCCACCCGAGGUUUUAAUUAGAGGAAUUUUCAUGACGUGCUUGCCAAAACGUUUUUAACUGUAUGGACAUGAGAGCUGUGGCCUUCCUAUGGAAGAGUAUGAUGAUCCUGUGCUGUUUCCGAUGGAUUGACUACCGAUUUUACAGAAUACUUGAAAACAGCAGUUGCUGGGCCUGUUCUGUCUUGUCUUUGAACUACUGCUGCUGCUGCAAAAAUUUUAAAUGCCUUCGUGGUGUUUUAUGCUUUUUGUCUUUUUAAGCGUAAUAUAAGUACCGCAAGUUCAUUGAGAACAGUACGAAUUUCCGUUUUUCUUUCUGAAAAGACGGUUCAAAAAGUUUCAAAAUUAAAAAAUGUUCUGUAUUAUCCCCAAAAUAAAUGUCUGUGAUUUGUUCAUCAUAUUGCAGUGACUGAAACAACAAAACAAGUACAAUGAAUGUUGGGUGCAUCCUGUUUUUAGUUGCUAAUAAACAUUUUGUUUGUUACAAGUGCUCUAGGAUUUUAUUUCCCCAACCGCAGCUGAAAAAUGUAA